AGUGCAAUUUCAGACAGGUUGUGAAGGCAGCACUAUCCAGAGCCAAUGUCGCUCUUCCUCUAAUGCUAUGACUGAAGCAAAGAGCUAAGGAGCCUGUUCAAAAACUGAAUGCGGGUCCCAUAACGCUACAGGAACAGGCUUUGCUGUGGGACUUUUUGAAGAUCUGGGAAUGCAGCCACCUCUUCCAGCUGAGGCCGUCAGAGAGCUGGUGUGCUCCUGUCUUCACAGGGAUCCUGUAGCAGCAGACCUGCGCUGCAGCCUGUUUGUGGCAGCUGCACAGAGCUACAAGAGGGAUUCUCUGCUCAGACCCUUCCCCCCUAGAUAUAUAAGCGGGGGAAAUAAGGAGUUUGAGGAGCUGUUGACAGACGUGAGCUCCUUGCCUAGUGUGAGAGAGCUGGUGAGACUGAGACCCGGGGAGGGGGACCAUCAUCUCGCCCUUGUCCACUGGGUUCUUUCUUCGAAAAGCUUUGCUGUGAAAACACUACAGAAAGAUGAGUAUGCCAAACUUUGCAACCUGACAGAAAAUGAAGGGAUUUCUACACCUGUGCCAGACUUCCUGUUUGAGCUGGAAUACUGUGACCAGAUGAAUGCGAGGUUCGAGAAGAUGAGGGCAGACAGAGACCUCUUUUAUGCAUUCCACGGGAGCCGCCUGGAGAACUUUCACUCUAUCAUUCACAACGGGCUACACUGUCACCUCAACAAGACCUCCGUGUUUGGAGAGGGGACCUACCUCACCAGUGACCUCAGCAUGGCGGUUCUUUACAGUCCCCAUAGCAGCGGUUGGCGGGAAAGUCUCCUGGGUCCACUGUUAAGCUGCGUUGCCUUGUGUGAAGUCAUUGAUCACCCCGAUGUCAAGUGCCAGAUGAAGAAAAAAGACUCUGAACUCGUUGACCGUCAGCGCUCGAGGGCAAAGAACAGUGAAGGAGGGGAAGUACCGCAGAAGUACUUCAUAGUCACCAACAAUCAGCUGGUGCGAGUCAAGUACCUUCUUGUGUACUCUCAGAGAAGGCACCUGUCCAGACAUUCGCGCGGCACCUCCUGGCUUGUCAGACACCAUUUUGCCAUCAUGAUGAGUCUCUACCUGCUGCUGCUCAUAUGCAUCGGUGCCUUCAACUCCACCACCUUCUUAUCCUUUUGGAAAAGACUGUUCCGGUGACAGGAUAGAUGGCUCGGAUGUUUAUCCACAGUGCCUUCCUGAUCAGAGACUGACCGGAAAACUUUAGCAAAGAUGCAAUUUUAUGCACCUUAAUAGAGUUUUGCUCUCUACUAUCACUUUUCUGUUUGUACAAAUACUUAUCAUUACCACCCUUCCAGGAUAACAUGUAUUUACAAAUAGCUUUAGGAAUCCUGUUGUCUUAAAUUUAAAAAAAAAAUGUGUUAUUGGUCUGUUGUGGGCCAAAAGCAUUUUCAGAAUGUUAUGCAAUGUUUCAGCGAAAAUUUGUAUGGUUUGGUAAACAUCAUGUUUUGCUGGGUAGCCUGUUUUGUUUGUUUGUUUGUUUGUUUGUUUGUUUUAUAAGAUGCUGUUCUACCCAGGAGGCAAAAGGUGCCAGCCAUAAAACACACACACACACAAAAUACAUCUUGUCUUAAUAAGUGAACAGUUUGAGUACUUGAGACAAGCUUUGAGACUUCUGUUUUUGGCAUUUACAUUUACUUUCUGUGUCUGGCUGAAGUCCCUGGGGCCUGAUGCUCAGUCUGCUCAUUAGACAGUGAUGACAAAUCUUUCUGUGUUUUACUUUUUUUAAUGCUUUGACUUUGUAAUGCUCUGUAUUUUGUCAUUUACCGAGCAACUUUUUAUAUAUCAUUAUAAAUCAAUAGGAAGAAAAGGUGGCGUGAAAAUGAUGCGAGGGGAUAUUAUGUUUGUUCUUACAUUAAUGAGAUAAUUAAUAUGUCUUAGGAAGGCCAGUGACACCCUUGUUUAUGAUAUCUACAAAUGUGAUGAGUUUGUACUCAUGAAUGCCACAGGUUCUUUUAGAUUUGUUACCGUUUCUCACAUAUGAAUAAAAACUAUACUUUGAUUUGUUUUUAGGGGUUUGAA